CCAGUUGACGUUGAAUUUUACCUAAAAAAACAAAAUAAAAUAUAUAAACGUUCCAUGUUAAUACCAAUUAGAUUAGAAUAAAUUCGCUAAGUUGUCAAACUGACGCCGCCAUUCGGUUAAGCACAAGCAAUCAAAUACACUUUUGGUUCGGUGAGAAGUGCAAAAGUUUCGAUGGUUUCCUAGAUCGUUUUCGGGUUAAUCCCUGAAGAAAAACCCGUUUAUCGACAUUGAUCAGCGGGGGGGAGGCGGUGUGAGGUGGUGAAAGGGGAGUGGUUGGGGUAGGAGAACGAGGUGGGGAAAGAGGAGAAGCGAUAACAAGAACGACGCCGAAAAAAAAAGGUAGUUAACGAGUUGACAAGCCAAAAGCAACAAUAACAAGCUGCAAAGAAGGAGAGCUGGAAAUUGCUGGAACGAGUGCGAGGGUGCAAAAGAGAGGGCGAGAGUGAGCGAGUGAGAUAGGGCGAGCAGCUGGAACAGGUUACCCCUUCCAGCGUUCCACGGAAGAACGCAGAAUCUGCAUAAAGUUUGGAUUCUUUGGGAAGAAAAGAGGGAACCCUGCGCCAAGAAAACCCCAAGAUCGGAUUGGAUUUUUUUCCACUUCUGGAUUCCCUGGACAAACUGGAAUAGGAACCCCCAGUGAAGAGACGUAUCCAGUUGGGAUUCUUCAUAACGAGAGCACUGAAAAUCCCCAGAAGACAGUAACCCAGCCGAAAUGAAGCCACCCAGCAUAUUAGGUCUCCUGGUGGUGAUCCUCCUGCAUCCACGCAAUGCCAAAUCCUCAACGAGUGGUAAUCCCAGCGCCAUCGCCAGUGCCAGUUCCAGUUCUCCGCCCGAGAUCCCCGCCUUCCGGCAAUGCGAAACGAUUCGCAUCGAGAUGUGCCGCAAGAUCGGCUACAAUGAGACCUCCAUGCCCAACCUGGUGGGCCACGAAAUGCAAGCGGAUGUGGAGUACACCCUGCAGACAUUUGCGCCACUGAUCGAGUACGAUUGCAGUUCGCAGUUGAAACUGUUCCUGUGCGCCGCCUAUGUGCCCAUGUGCACGCCCAAAGCGCCCGUCCAUGCCAUUGGUCCCUGCCGGAGUCUUUGUGAGUCCGUGCGGAUACGCUGUCAUCCGGUUUUGCAGGGAUUCGGUUUCCCAUGGCCCACGGCCCUCGAUUGCAAUAAGUUUCCGCGUGAGAACAACCACGAGACCAUGUGCAUGGAGGGACCGGGUGAAAUGCAUCAGCCGCAGCACGAUCAGGAUCUGUAUGGGCUACCCGGGCAGGGCAUGUCCGGUGGAUUGGGCGAUAAACUGCCUAUGGAUUGCUCCGGACUGGCCAAAUCGCAUCUAUAUGUGAGGCUACCGCGAUCUGGACGCUGUGCACCACUUUGCGAGGCGGACAUACUAUUCACGCCGGCGGAAAAGCAUCUCGCGGAGAUCUGGGUAUCCACGUGGGCCUACGCGGCUUUAGGUUUGGCCCUGGUGGCCACCGUCUGCCUUUUGGCCAGCGAUGGCAGUCGCUUGGCCAGCGCCAAGUGGUCCAGAUUGUUGUCACCGCUGAUUUGGUGCCACAACAUGGUCACCUUGGGUUGGGCAGUGCGCUUUAUGGUGGGACGAACGGGCACGGCGUGCGGCACGGAUCCCCAGGCGCCCAAUGAAUCCCUACUCACCGUGGACGGACUGUCCAAUGCCUCCUGCGCCAGUGUCUUCCUUAUGCGCUACUACUUUGGAAUGGCCGCCUGCGCUUGGUGGGCUGUGCUCUGUUUGGGCUGGCACCGCGACAUUCGUCGGCACAGUCCGGAUUCCAAGGGCCAUGUGGCCAUUCCCUCGAACUUUGGCGGCAGCCCGGCGAAGAGGAGCAGUGCCAAGACGGCACAGCAGGAUCUUACCCAGAACAACUUUGUGUGCUUCGUGGCGUGGGGAUUGCCCGCCUUCCAAACGGCAGCAGUGAUCGUGGCCCGCUUUGUGGAUGCUGACGAGUUGCUAGGCGCCUGUUUCGUAGGCAAUCAGUCGGAUAAGGCGCUGCAGAUAUUGGUGGCCACACCCGUCUUUUGCUACUGGAUCUUUGGCUCCAUGAAUCUGAUAUCCGGCUAUCUGGUGCACUGUCGCACCAAGGAGAUCCUGCGGAACAGCAAUGCCCUCAGCUUGCAACAGCAACUGCAACAGCUAAGCGCUCACAGCAGUUCCGGCAUUGGCAUAUUCCUAUUCAUCUAUGGACUCGCAUGUGCACUGCUUCUAUUGGCUGUCAUUUACGAGUUUGCCAACAUCGAUGUCUGGCUGGGAUCGGGUGAUACCAAUACCCCGCUGUGGCCGUUUUUGCUGCGCGCCUUCAUGGAACUGAUGUUGGGCAUUUGCUGUUUUGCCUGGGUGCUUGGACCGAGCAUUUCCACGCUCUACAAGCGACAAGUUAGCAAUGGCAAGAUGGUAAAGCACACAGCCGCAGGAGCAGCACCUGGACAUCUGGACGGGCACAGUAGCUCGCGUGGAUCGCAUGCGGCUUGCAAUAGCACGGUGGUCUCCUAUCAUUCGGUGCGCCCGUCCAUGGCCAGUGCUCCAUUGCCGCCGAGUCCGUACAAACUGAAGACUUCACCUGGUGCCGGUUCCAUAUCGCUCAAUCAAAUGUCCAACUAUUCGCUGGGCAGAAGCGUGCAUCACCAGCAGCGUCAUUCGCCGCAUCAUCAUCAUCACCAGCAGCAGCAGCACCACCACCACCACCAGCACUCCCACCACAAUCAGCAUCAUCACUCCACAUCCUCGCAUCGCCUGUAUUAUCCGCCAGGUAGCUAUGCCUCGCAAAAGUACAGCCAGCAUGGCAGCUACUAUCCCCAUUUGCAGCACUACGGCGAUGAGACGCUGCUCUAGUGAUCUAGUGUUCUCGUGCUCUAGGCGGGAUUAGGUCCAAUUUGAGGGCAAUGUUUGCCCUGCUUCCAGUCAAUGUUCCUGCGGCAGCUGCUGUGCCAAAGUCAGUACUGUACUAUAACUUAAUGCGGUGAAGUUUGCUUAGGUUAAGGUUUAUCUUAAAGGCAAAGCAACUCGAAUUCCGAUUUUAGUUGCUUUGCCUGACCAUAGAACACGAUGGCAACCUAUCUAUGUACUGUGUAUAUAACCCAGGAAAUGUGCUCUUAUUUAGUUUAGGCCUUAAUCACGAGGUCAUAGGUCAUCUAGCCAACCCCCCCACCAUGUAUUGUAAUUGCCCUAGAUGGGCGACAUAUCCUAUUUUACGUGUGUACUUAAUGUUGCUCCUAAUUAGUUGCCCUUUUGCCGUUUUGGUGUAACCGAAUUCAAUAAUCGCUCUUGCCUUUUAGACAUUAAGACUUAAUGUCGCCUUUGCGUACAUAUAUACAUAGCAUAUAUAGCAUUUUUAUAUAACUUUUUUUUUGAGUUAAAGAGAGAGAGAAACGCGCAGCAACCAAAUACUGUGAUACGCAUGUUCAUGUCUUCAAAAAAAAAAUAUAAAUGGCCCGAAAACCGAGGUGCCAACUAUGCUGUCUUCUCCCGAUGCCGAAACAAGUGUACUUAACAAUCGAAAAACGCAAUUGCAAUCCUAGCCGUAAUGCCUAAUUGUAUUCAGUGUGCCAUUAGCUUUAGGAACCUGACCGACACACAAGUCAGCCACACAAAAUCGCCUUAAGCUCUUAAGCCCUCUUCCAAAACGAACUUUGUGCGGAAUUUGCUAAGCGAUUUUCCUGAACGCCUGCAGAAUUUCCCAAGGAUUUACUUGGUUUGGUUUUGGAAACAGGGCCUCUUCCUAAAUGUCCAACUAACGAACUAACUUAACCUGUUUACAUCUAGGGGCUAUGGAUGCCAACUAACAGUAUAUGUAUUGUAUUUUGUAUUUUAUAUGUGUAUUUUUUUUAUUAUUAUCAUAUAUAACUUAUUUGCUAGCGAAUAAAGUGUCGAAAAGUUAA